GCGGCGUCGGCCUUCACCUGCAUCACCACCAGUGAGCUUCAUCAGGGGAGAACAAAAUACAACAAGGCAUCUGAUCCACACAACAUUAGCUAGGUAGCGAGACCUGUCGAGAGGAACCACCCACCGGAGCAGCAUGGAGUACGGCCAGCAGGGGCAGCACGGCCACGGAAACACCGCCCGCGUCGACCAGUACGGCAACCCGGUCGGCGGCGUCGGGCACGGCACCACCGGGACCGGCGGCAUGGGGUACGGUGGUACUACCGGAACCGGCGGCAUGGGCCAGCUGGGAGAGCACGGCGGCGCCGGCAUGGGUGGCGGCCAGUUCCAGCCUGUGAGGGAGGAGCACAAGACAGGCGGCAUUCUGCACCGCUCCGGCAGCUCCAGCUCGUCCGAGGACGACGGGAUGGGCGGGAGGAGGAAGAAGGGCAUCAAGGAGAAGAUCAAGGAGAAAUUGCCCGGAGGCCACAAGGACAACCAGCACACCGCGGCCACCGGCGGUGCCUACGGGCAGCAGGGACACACCGGCAUGACCGGCACAGGAACCGGCGGCGCCUACACCACCGAGGGCGCCGGCGAGAAGAAGGGCAUCAUGGACAAGAUCAAGGAGAAGCUGCCCGGACAGCACUAAGCGCGGCUACCUUAUACACGCUAGAAGCCGUGCUAGCCUGUCACGGCGUUUCGAGAGAAUAUAAGAUGAACAGAGCAGGAAUAAAGUGUCUCGAUCGCGGCCGCUCGCGUGGAGCGGACGGUCAGCACCUGUGUGUAGACACUUUUGUGGUCCGAGAGGUUCUCCAACCUGUGUGUGCAGUGUGUGUGCUGUGUGAGUUUGUAUGUAACGUCAUACAUGGAGUGUGUACUGUACUGUGUACUCUGUUUUGUGCUUUUCUGAAUACAUAUACGUGGUUUGCGUA